CUAAACAACGCAAAACAAAAUUGUGAAAUAAACAACAAAAUAAGACUUUGAAAAUAUUUUGAAGUGAAUUAAUAAACAUGCAAUUGGGUAAAACAUCUUCGAGAGAUUUAAUUGUUGAUCAAUCGAUUCCGUUGGAUAAGAUAUUUAAACGUCAACCACAAAGAGUAAAAUGGGUUACAGCAGAAAUUGCGCAACGUUUCGAACGAGAAUAUUAUUUAGUUAUAGCCGGAAGAGAAUUUAUUUUCUACAUAAUCUUUUUAUUUUGUGCCACAAUGGUUGUUUUAGGAAAAGUUGAUACAGACGCUUAUUACAUGACGGCAGCCAUAAAAAAACAAAUAACUGGGAAUGAAUUUUCAGUGGACGAAUUCGAAUAUAAAUUUUCGGAAAUAAGAAGCCUCCAUUUCUUUCACAUCUACCUUGUUGAAUAUUUAUCCGAACAACUAUAUUGGACAAGUUUCGAUGUAAGAACCCGAAUUCAAUUGGAUAUAAGAAAAGAUCGCGGGGUUUUGUAUGUUAAUAAAUUAAUCGGGCAACCCACUUUAAGACAAGUGGCGGUUAUUAAUGGCUCGUGCACCGUUCACAACCGAUUUAAACGCCACCUAUGGGAUUGUAGGGAGGAAUAUAAAAAUAGUGUUAGGCUUAAAAGUGGUGUUUUACCCGAUUGUCAACUCCCCGGUGAUGGUUGUAUGUAUACAAAAAGAAAUAUGGCAGUUGCUUACUCUGGUAUUUUGGCGAAUUACGCCUCUGAUGGUUUUUUGAUACCAAUGGGCUUGGAUCGCACCAAUUUCAUACAGAUGGCGCGGAGAUUAAGAAAGGAUGGUUGGUACUCGUUAAAUACUCGAGCACUUUUUUUAGAUUUUAUGCUUUACAACCCAAAUUUGGAUAUAUUUUGUGGGGUGAAAUUAAUCUUUGAAAUCCCAGCCGUUGGAGGGGUCAUCCCAUCAGCAAAAUUUUACACGUUUAAUGGUUUACAUUUGGACAGCGUAUUUAAUCAUUUUGCAUUUGGAUGUUUUCUCGUUUACUUUGUAUUUUUAAUGUAUUAUUUAAUGUCGGAAUUUCGAGAAAUCAUGUAUUUAAAAUCGGAAUAUUUUACUUAUGUUUGGACUUAUGUUGAUUAUAUGAUGAUUGGACUUGGAAUUUGUCACGCUGCUUUAACAGUAACAUCAAUGUUAAUGUUAAUCGAUUUGAUUAGCUCAGUACAAACAAAUAGCGCUUUAAUCACCGAUUUUUCCCUGCAACAUUUGGCCUAUAUAAACAACGUUUGUUCAAACGUCCAAGGAUUUACACUAUUCUUUAUUUACAUAAAGAUUUUUAAGUAUUUUAAUUUGAGCGCUUUAACCGGGCAAAUAAAUCGAACAUUAGCUUUGAGUGGCCGUUAUUUAUGCUACUUUUCAAUCAUUUUCUUCUUGGUUUUAAUCGCUUUCGCUGAAUUCGGUUAUCAAGCUUACGGCAGAGAUGUCGAUGAAUAUUCAUCGUUGGGAACUUCGAUGUUUACUUUAAUAAGAACCAUUUUGGCAGAUUUUAAUUAUGAAAAAUUAGAAAAAACCCAUCGGUUAAUGGCACCUAUCUUUUUUGUUUUAUUCAUUUUCGUCGUAUUCUUCGUACUCGUUAAUAUGUUUGUUGGAAUAAUUUGUGGAAAUUACGCAACCGUUAAAAACAACGAGACAGUUGGGCCAGAAGUGAUGCAAAUGACUGAAUUUUGGAAACGAGGUUUCCACAACCUUUGUAAAUCAAUGAAAUGCGGUUUCUUUGCUGGCUUAUCAAGGAAAAGAAACGAAUACAACAUUGCAGCGGAACAAAUUCGAUUGGGUUUAAUUGCUUGCGGAUUUAGCGAGUUAGAUGUUGACGUUUUUAUGGCGCGUUAUAAAAUCGAUUUGGCUAAUUUGGUUACGGUUAAAGAUAUCACAAGAGUGUUGGAACUUUUGAAAAUUCCCGCGCAAGAACAUAUUAGUCGCAAAAGAGGGAAUGAAUCAAGAUUAGAUUCAAAAUCAACAGGAGCACCUUUAAUGGCAUUAAAUGAUUUUCAAGCACAACAACAAAAAUUAGAUGAGAUGGAGCACUACAUUACUUCAAUAGCGAAGAAAAUCGAGUUGUUAUUGAAGAAAAUGAACGCACUUUCUGAUGUGCGAAGCAAAUGAUUUUAGAAGUAACCUAGGAACGUAUAAAUCAACAAAAACGUCAAAUUAAAAUUAUUUUUAUUAAGUUAAUUUAUUAUUUUUUA